AAACAUAAUUAUCGAUCGCCAUGUCUCUAAUGUCGGACGCUGGUACUUUUCUUCCCCAAUUCUCUCCUUCAUGGAUCCUCGCGGCCUUCGUCCUCCUCUCCGCAUUUUUUUACCUCCGGCAGCCAACUAAGAGCAGCAUCCGGAUCCCCUCUCCGCCGAGGCUUCCUAUCAUUGGAAACCUCCACCAGCUCGGCCACCUCGCCCAUAGCUCCAUGAGGACGCUCGCUGCCGAACACGGCCCCGUCAUGCUCCUUUACUUCGGCCCCAUCCCCAAUGUCGUAGUAUCCUCCGCCGCCGCCGCUCAGGAGGUGUUUAAGGCCAACGAUCAAGCCUUCUGCGGCCGCCCGGACACCACCUUGGCCGACCGCAUCUUCUACGGCGCGCGCGAUGUCGCCCUGUCCAAGUAUGGUGAGUACUGGCGUCGGGUGCGCCGCAUCUGCGUCACCCACUUGCUCAGCGCCAAGCGCGUCCACUCCUUCCGCUCAAUCAGAGAGAAGGAGGCGGCUCGCCUGGUCGCUACCAUCCGCUCCGCCUCCAGCCGCCCGGUGAACGUCACCGAGCUGAUCGCCGCCUUCACUUGCGACGUGCUUUGCCGGGUGUUGUUCGGAAAGCAGGGGGAGGGCGGCGGAAGAAAAGAACUCUCUCUGCACAACGACGUGGUCGAGGCGGUGGGGGGCGCCUUUCCGAUGCGUGAUUUCUCGCCGUGGCUCGCGUGGGUCGACUGGUUAAGUGGAUGGGACGCCAGGGUAGGGAAAGCGUCGAGGGACUUCGACGCCUUCGUAGAGAAGAUACUCAAGGAGCACGAGAGCAAUAGGAUCAUCGGCGGAGAUGAUCACGAUGAUCGGAGAACUGACAUGGUGGGUGUAUUGCUCUCUCUGAGCGCCGACGGCAGCGAUGCCGCUGACGGCACUUCACUCAGCCGGGAAAGUAUAAAGGCCGUCCUUUUGGAUAUGUUCGCCGCUGGGAUGGAAACAACCAACACGACGAUCGAUUGGGCGAUGUCGGAAAUCAUCAGGCACCCAAAAAUCAUGGCCAAGGCUCAAAAAGAGAUCAGAGAAAUAGUCGGAGCAAAAGAGGAGGUUGAAGAGGAGAUGGUGCAGGGAAUGCCGUACUUGAGGGCAGUGAUCAAGGAGACGCUCAGGUUGCAUCCUCCUGCUCCCAUCCUUUUCCCAAGAGAGUCCAUUGAGGACGCCCAAGUGUUGGGAUAUCACAUCCCCAAAGGCACAAGGAUGAUCGUCAACGCUUGGGCAAUCGGUAAGGACCCUGCUUCGUGGGAGAACGCCGAGGAAUUUCGUCCCGAGAGAUUCUUGAACAACAGCAAGAAUUUCGAUUUCCGAGGGCUGGAUUUCGAGUUUAUACCGUUUGGAUCGGGGCGAAGAGGUUGUCCUGGAGUAGAUUUUGCAACCGUCACCACCGGACUUGCUCUCGCCACUCUGCUCUACCAUUUCGAUUGGGAGCUGCCCGAGGGAGUUAAAGAGGAGGAUAUGGACAUGAGUGAGUCGCCAGGGUUUUCGCUAAAGAGAAAAUCCAAGUUGAUUCUCGUCGGGAAACCUAUCGAUCACUGAUUAUACAUAUAUAUUGUAUAAGCAAUAUUCAUAUUUUCAACCUUCCUCCUCGUUCUACCAAUAUCGUGUGGGGAGGUAUUGCUAUAUAUAUAUACAUGAUAUACGCUUCCACCGGUUUGUGUCGAGCUCAGCUCAGUCAGUAUCUUACAUUAUGGCCAUUUGCUGUAACAUUAUGUUAUAAUAAUAUAUAUUCUGUGCAA